UUUUUUUUUUUUUGGUAGAGAUGAAGGGGUGGGUCUAUGGUACAUCACCUGAGUUGUGGGGUAAAUGUAGAGAGUGUCAAUCAAAGGCAGAGCUCUCAGAGCUGGGAAGGAGGCUCUAGAUGGCGGCUGUGCCUUAGAGAGAGCGCGCUUUGCUCCCUGCUUCGGUUCACUUUACGCAACUUUCCCUAACUUUCCGGCAGCCUCAGGGGGCCCCCGCAGCCCCCUGCCUCUUCUAGUGACUUUCUGGGGUCGAUCCGAACCUUUUUUUGGGAGAAAAGCAGCUUUUAGGAGCUUUCUUUUCGUGCCUUGUUGGAAGAAGCUGCCGUAUUGAGAGCCCAGGUCGUUGUUUUUUCCAGCUUAGAAGCCAUGGCGCACCUCCAUUUUUGUGCGCUCUCCUAAUGAGGUUUUUUUUCCCCCUUCCGGACCUGUUUUAGUAUUAAUUAUUGCUUUAUUUUUUGACAAGUGAACAUAUUUGAGGAUUAUUUCAUUUACUUUUUGUUUUUUAACGGAGGACUUUGCGUUAUUUUUAAUUUUGGAUCUGAUAUUUUUCUACUACUAGAUAGGACUCUUGCUUUGGACAUACUACAUGGAUCAGUAAAUACCUGGGCACAGGACUUCAAAGCAAACACAGAUUCCCCCUCCCCCUUAAUAUUUAAGAAUUAAAAGAUGAUGAGAAAUAAGGACAAAAGCCAAGAGGAGGACAGUUCGCUACACAGCAAUGCAUCGAGUCAUUCAGCCUCUGAAGAAGCUUCGGGGUCAGACUCUGGCAGUCAGUCUGAAAGUGAGCAGGGCAGCGAUCAAGGAAGUGGACAUGGCAGUGAGUCCAAUAGCAGUUGUGAAUCUUCUGAGAGCCAAUCAGAAUCUGAGAGUGAAUCGGCAGGUUCCAAAUCCCAGCCAGUCCUCCCAGAAGCCAAAGAGAAGCCCGCCUCUAAGAAGGAACGGCUAGCUGAUGUGAAGAAGAUGUGGGAAGAAUAUCCUGAUGUUUAUGGGGUUAGGCGGUCGAACCGAAGCAGACAAGAGCCAUCACGGUUUAAUAUUAAGGAAGAGGCAAGUAGCGAGUCUGAGAGUGGGAGUCCAAAAAGAAGAGGCCAGAGGCAGCUGAAAAAACAAGAAAAAUGGAAACAGGACCCCUCAGACGACGAACAGGAACAAGGCACCAGUGCAGAGAGUGAACCAGAACAAAAGAAAGGAAAAGCGAGAAGACCAGUCCCUAGAAGAACAGUGCCCAAACCUCCAGUUAAAAAGCAACCUAAGAUUCAGCGUGGAAAGAAGAAAAAGCAGGAGUCCUCUGAUGAUGACGAUGAUGAUGAUGACGCUCCCAAAAGGCAGACUCGACGAAGAGCUGCUAAAAAUGUGAGUUACAAAGAAGAUGAUGACUUUGAGACUGAUUCAGAUGAUCUCAUUGAAAUGACUGGAGAAGGAAUUGAUGAACAGCAAGAUAAUAGUGAAACUAUUGAAAAGGUCUUAGAUUCAAGACUGGGAAAGAAAGGAGCCACUGGAGCAUCUACCACUGUGUAUGCUGUUGAAGCUAAUGGAGACCCUAGUGGUGACUUUGACACUGAGAGGGAGGAAGGUGAAACCCAGUACCUUAUCAAGUGGAAGGGCUGGUCCUACAUCCACAGCACAUGGGAGAGUGAGGAGUCCUUACAACAACAGAAGGUGAAGGGCCUAAAAAAACUGGAGAACUUCAAGAAGAAAGAGGAUGAAAUUAAGCAAUGGUUAGGGAAAGUUUCUCCUGAAGAUGUUGAAUAUUUCAAUUGCCAACAGGAACUGGCCUCAGAGUUGAAUAAACAGUAUCAGAUAGUAGAAAGAGUAAUAGCUGUGAAGACAAGUAAAUCUACAUUGGGCCAAACAGAUUUUCCAGCACACAGCCGGAAGCCAGCUCCUUCAAAUGAGCCCGAAUAUCUAUGCAAAUGGAUGGGCCUGCCCUACUCUGAAUGCAGCUGGGAAGAUGAAGCCUUGAUUGGAAAGAAAUUCCAGAAUUGUAUCGACAGCUUCCAUAGUCGUAACAACUCCAAGACCAUUCCCACAAGAGAAUGCAAGGCACUAAAGCAAAGACCACGAUUUGUAGCUUUAAAGAAGCAGCCAGCAUACUUAGGCGGGGAGAAUCUGGAGCUGCGAGAUUAUCAGCUAGAGGGUCUCAACUGGCUUGCUCACUCCUGGUGCAAAAGUAACAGUGUAAUCCUUGCUGAUGAAAUGGGCCUAGGAAAGACCAUCCAGACCAUAUCGUUUCUCUCCUACCUGUUUCACCAGCACCAGCUCUAUGGGCCCUUUCUCAUAGUUGUCCCCUUAUCCACCCUUACCUCAUGGCAGAGGGAGUUUGAAAUCUGGGCGCCCGAGAUUAAUGUCGUGGUUUACAUAGGCGACCUGAUGAGCAGAAAUACGAUAAGGGAGUAUGAGUGGAUUCAUUCUCAGACCAAAAGGUUGAAGUUCAAUGCACUUAUUACGACAUAUGAGAUCCUCUUGAAAGAUAAGACCGUGCUGGGCAGUAUUAACUGGGCCUUCCUGGGAGUAGAUGAAGCCCAUCGGUUGAAGAACGAUGACUCUUUAUUGUAUAAAACUCUGAUUGAUUUCAAGUCCAACCAUAGGCUACUGAUCACGGGCACCCCUCUUCAGAAUUCCCUCAAGGAACUUUGGUCCUUGCUGCACUUUAUUAUGCCGGAGAAGUUUGAGUUUUGGGAAGACUUUGAAGAAGACCACGGAAAGGGGAGAGAGAAUGGCUACCAGAGUCUUCAUAAGGUACUAGAGCCUUUCCUUCUUCGGAGAGUCAAAAAAGAUGUGGAGAAGUCCCUUCCUGCCAAAGUGGAGCAGAUUCUCAGGGUGGAGAUGUCAGCCCUUCAGAAACAGUAUUAUAAAUGGAUCCUGACCAGGAAUUACAAGGCUCUUGCCAAAGGAACAAGAGGCAGCACAUCUGGCUUCCUUAAUAUUGUGAUGGAGCUGAAGAAAUGCUGCAACCACUGCUACCUGAUCAAAGCUCCCGAGGAGAACGAAAGGGAGAAUGGGCAGGAGGUCCUUCAGUCCCUAAUCAGGAGCAGUGGGAAGCUGAUUCUGUUAGACAAACUGUUGACAAGACUCCGGGAAAGGGGAAACAGAGUCCUUAUCUUCUCUCAGAUGGUGAGGAUGCUGGAUAUCCUGGCUGAGUACCUGACUAUCAAACACUAUCCCUUCCAGCGCCUGGAUGGUUCUAUCAAGGGAGAAAUCCGAAAGCAGGCAUUGGAUCACUUCAAUGCAGAUGGGUCCGAGGACUUCUGCUUCCUGCUCUCCACACGGGCUGGUGGCCUGGGAAUCAAUUUGGCUUCAGCGGACACAGUUGUCAUCUUCGACUCUGACUGGAACCCUCAGAAUGACUUGCAGGCACAAGCCCGAGCGCACAGAAUCGGUCAGAAGAAGCAGGUGAAUAUUUACCGCUUGGUUACAAAGGGGACUGUGGAAGAGGAGAUUAUAGAACGGGCCAAAAAGAAGAUGGUGUUGGACCACCUGGUGAUUCAGCGCAUGGACACCACUGGCAGGACAGUUCUCGAGAACAACUCAGGAAGAUCCAACUCAAAUCCCUUUAAUAAAGAAGAACUGACAGCUAUCUUGAAAUUUGGAGCAGAGGAUCUCUUCAAAGAAAUUGAAGGAGAGGAGUCAGAGCCUCAGGAAAUGGAUAUCGAUGAAAUUCUGCGCUUAGCUGAAACCAGAGAGAAUGAAGUAUCAACUAGCGCGACAGAUGAGCUUCUAUCCCAGUUUAAGGUGGCCAACUUUGCAACAAUGGAAGAUGAAGAGGAGCUAGAAGAGCGUCCUCACAAGGACUGGGAUGAAAUCAUUCCAGAAGAGCAAAGGAAAAAAGUGGAGGAGGAGGAACGGCAGAAGGAGUUAGAAGAAAUUUAUAUGCUGCCUAGAAUUCGUAGUUCCACUAAAAAGGCUCAGACAAACGACAGUGAUUCUGACACUGAGUCUAAGAGGCAGGCACAGAGAUCUUCUGCUUCCGAGAGUGAGACUGAUGACUCUGAUGACGAUAAGAAGCCAAAGCGCAGAGGCCGCCCCCGAAGUGUGCGCAAAGACCUCGUGGAGGGCUUCACUGAUGCUGAGAUCCGAAGGUUCAUCAAGGCUUAUAAGAAGUUUGGUCUCCCUCUUGAAAGGCUAGAGUGCAUAGCCCGUGAUGCUGAGCUAGUGGAUAAGUCUGUGGCAGACUUGAAACGCCUGGGGGAACUGAUUCAUAAUAGCUGUGUGUCGGCAAUGCAGGAGUAUGAGGAACAGCUGAAGGAAAAUGCCAGCGACGGGAAAGGACCAGGCAAGAGAAGAGGCCCAACAAUCAAGAUCUCGGGGGUUCAAGUUAAUGUGAAGUCCAUUAUCCAACACGAAGAAGAGUUUGAGAUGCUGCAUAAAUCUAUCCCUGUGGACCCUGAGGAAAAAAAAAAAUACUGCUUAACCUGCCGGGUCAAAGCUGCACAUUUUGACGUUGAGUGGGGCGUGGAGGAUGACUCUCGCCUGUUGCUUGGAAUCUAUGAACAUGGCUAUGGAAAUUGGGAGCUAAUUAAGACAGACCCAGAACUAAAGCUAACUGAUAAAAUUCUGCCAGUGGAGACAGAUAAGAAACCGCAGGGGAAGCAGCUGCAGACCCGAGUGGACUACUUGCUGAAGCUGCUCAGGAAGGGUCUGGAGAAGAAGGGCUCUGUGACCAGUGGGGAAGAGGCCAAACUAAAGAAGCGGAAGCCUCGAGUAAAGAAGGAAAACAAAGCGCCCAGGCUGAAGGAGGAGCAUGGGCUUGAGCUGUCCUCUCCUAGACACUCGGACAACCCGUCUGAAGAGGGGGAAGUGAAGGAUGAUGGCUUAGAAAAAAGUCCAACGAAAAAAAAGCAGAAGAAGAAAGAGAACAAGGAGAACAAAGAGAAACCAGUGAGUUCUCGGAAGGACAGGGAAGGAGACAAAGAAAAGAAGAAGUCCAAGGACAAGAAAGAGAAGGUUAAAGGUGGUGAUGCGAAGUCUUCAAGUAAAUCAAAGCGAUCUCAGGGUCCUGUCCACAUUACAGCAGGAAGUGAACCUGUUCCCAUUGGGGAGGAUGAAGACGAUGAUCUGGACCAGGAAACCUUCAGCAUUUGUAAGGAGAGGAUGAGGCCUGUGAAAAAGGCACUGAAGCAGUUGGACAAACCUGACAAGGGACUCAAUGUACAAGAACAGCUGGAACACACCAGGAACUGCCUGCUGAAAAUAGGAGACCGCAUAGCCGAGUGCCUUAAAGCUUAUUCGGACCAGGAGCACAUCAAAUUGUGGAGGAGGAACCUAUGGAUUUUUGUUUCCAAGUUUACAGAAUUUGAUGCACGAAAACUACAUAAGUUAUAUAAGAUGGCUCAUAAGAAAAGAUCUCAAGAAGAGGAGGAACAAAAGAAGAAAGAUGAUACGGUUGGUGGUAAGAAACCAUUUCGACCAGAAGCCUCGGGCUCAAGCCGGGAUUCUCUGACGUCUCAGUCCCAUACCUCACACAACCUUCAUCCUCAGAAGCCUCAUUUGCCUGCCUCGCAUGGCCCACAGAUGCAUGGACAUCCAAGAGACAACUAUAGCCACCCCAACAAGAGACACUUUAGUAAUGCAGAUCGAGGAGACUGGCAGAGGGAAAGAAAGUUCAGCUAUGGCGGUGGUAACAGUGCGCCCUGGGGCAGUGACCGGCACCAUCAGUAUGAGCAGCACUGGUAUAAGGAUCACCAUUAUGGUGACCGGAGACAUAUGGAUGCCCACCGUUCCGGAAGCUACCGGCCUAACAACAUGUCCAGAAAGAGACCAUAUGAGCAAUACAGCAGCGACCGAGACCACCGGGGACACAGAGACUAUUAUGACAGGCACCAUCAUGACUCCAAGCGGAGGAGGUCAGAUGAUUUUAGGCCCCAGAAUUACCACCAGCAGGAUUUUCGACGAAUGUCUGAGCACAGACCCACGAUGGGUUACCACAGCCAGGGACCCCCAGACCAUUACCGCUCUUUCCACACAGACAAGUUGGGGGAGUAUAAACAGCCCCCGCCCUCAUUGCACACUGCAGUCUCAGAUCCUCGCUCGCCCCCUUCCCAGAAGUCUCCCCAUGACUCCAAGUCACCCUUGGAUCACAGAUCUCCUUUGGAGAGAUCACUAGAACAGAAAGACAACCCAGAUUAUAACUGGAAUGUUCGGAAAACAUAAGGACAACUUCGGAAGGGGAGAGAGCGCGCGCAGGAGUCAUCAAGCACUUGGACAUUUUGGUCUGCUCCGGCAGCGGCCAGGCUGCUGAGCGGAGUUUCUGGAUACGCUGCUGCUGAGUCCACUAACUUGGCAGCUGAAGGGGCACUUGAAGGAGUUGGAGGCUUCGUCUGCUGCUUUGGUUUGGUCUCUGCUCCUGCACUUUGGCACCCCACCCCAUCCUAGCCUCCGUGGGUGCUAGGAGAAGGUGACUUUAUGUACCAGCUCCACUGGGCUACUUCCUCUGUGAAGGAAUUGGGGAUCUUCAGAGUCAAUGAAUGUUCUACUCAGCAUGAGUGACCAGGGCAAGGACCUGCUGGACAGUGUGUGAUUGGCUCACUAUGACACGAGGGAUGCUGCUGGUGGGAAGUGGGUGCACAGGGAGUGUUUCACACUGCUAGACUUGAAAGGGGAACAGGUAUACCCCUCAGAUUUGUUCUUGGGAGAAAUGAUAUACAUGGUCUCAUUAUGUGAAAAGUGAGGGGGGCAUAAAGAGAUGGGAAAUGACUUCACCGUGGCCUCCUCCCUGCCAACACUAAUCCCCGACCCCCAUCCCACACACACUAUCUUUGUACAUUUCAAAGGUUUGGUCUUCUGGGUGGAGUCCGUUUUCCCUCUUUGUGGGGGAAGUCGGGUCCCUCUGGCUGACUUUAGAGUACUGUGACUUGGGCAUUGUUGAUGCCCACGUGGGUCUUACUUGUUUGGGG